CGUUGGCAGACAGAUGUGUCCGCGCUGAGAUGAUGAUGCGCCUCAGUGGACGGUUUUGGAGAGCGCGCUGCGCCAAAUGGAACACUUCCUUCCACCUGAUGCGUUUGGGACUUGACUUCUGAUGAACUUUUUCGUUCUUCUUUUCCGCGGACCAUGAACACAUCCCGCCGAUGCAGGACCCUCCUGUCGGUGGGUUUGAACUUCUUCGCUCUGAUAUUUUCCGUCACCGCGUUCAUCACCACCUACUGGUGUGUAGGUACGCAGAGGGUCCCCAAACCAAAAUGCAGCAAGCUGAGGACGCAUCAGUGCAUCGACUACGGGGUCAACGAGACGGACCCCAACAAGGUGGUCUACAGCUGGGAGACCGGGGACGACCGCUUCCUCUUCAGACAGUUCCACACGGGGAUCUGGUUCUCCUGUGAGGAAAACAUCCACGAUGAAAGUGAGAGAUGCAGAAGCUUCAUCGAUUUGGCGCCAGCUUCAGAGAAAGGGAUGCUGUGGCUCUCGCUGGUGUCAGAGAUGCUCUACAUCGUUCUCCUGGUGGUGGGCUUCAGCCUCAUGUGUCUGGAGCUGGUCCACUCCAGCAACGUCAUCGAUGGACUCAAGCUCAAUGCCUUCGCCGCGGUGUUCACUGUCCUCUCAGGUCUCCUCGGCAUGGUGGCUCAUGUGAUGUACACGCAGGUCUUCCAGGUCACCGUCAGUCUGGGUCCGCCUGACUGGAGGCCGUACAACUGGGACUACGGCUGGUCCUUCUGGUGCGUCAUCGUAUCAGCUAUCAGAAGCGAUUUCCUGGAUCAUGCAUGGCCUGGGCUUCCUUCACCUGCUGCAUGGGCGCAUCGGUCACCACCCUCAACUCCUACACCAAGACUGUCAUUGAAUUCCGGCACAAACGCAAGACUUUUGAGCAAAGCAUCCGAGAGGAGCGUGCCCGCGAGGCUUUCGGAUACUUCAGGGACCAUUCGGUGCACUCCAUUUCUAAAGCGGUGGAGGUCUAUUCCAGUCAGUCCCUGAAAAGCGGAAGGAGGACUCCGAUACCAGGCGACUCCAUGGACUUAAAUGACAUUCGUGAGUCUUUGGGGGAGGAGCAAUGCUGAGAGAGGCUGUUUGUUCACUCUCCUCUCUGGGACAAAUGUUAGAGUAGUUCCCCAUCCAAACUGGUGGGAGUUUAACUUAAGAUGUAACGUCAGGGCACAAUGUUUGAGCCAUGUGAGAACUUAAACGCUGCCUUACUUCAGUUUACACAACAUCAGCGGAGAGAAGAUUGAUUUCAACUGUUUAAAAUGUGAAAAUAAAUCUGAAUAUUGUCAACCAUAUGCUUUUUAAGAUGUAAGGGUCUGACAGCAGCCGGAUUGAACCAAUGAACCAACGAAGACUGGCACUUAAACAAUUCGAGACAAAAACCAAAAUAUUUUGCUCUGGCACUGAAGCGCUAACCCGACUUGUGAGAAAGGAAACAGCCAACUGCCUUAAGAGGAAACUGAUCUUAAGCCUGCAGCAUUAAUUUAAUGAAAGUUAAUGGAGGUUUGGAGAAGGUGGAAAGUUUUUGCAGAAAAUCUUGUUGUUUUUCUUCCCGAGAACAAACUCCGGCAUCCUGCAAAUUUCUGUUGUCGUAGCAACAUUAAAAACUUUAAAAUCUAGUUAAGCUUCAUUAUCAUUUGGAUUUAUUUUAUACUCUCAGGUUUUGGUGUCUCUCUCGCCUCAUGACAACAAUUUACCACGCUCUCUUCUUUCAGUACAUUUUACUUUCAAGUCCAUGAACUCUUUAAAUUCAGAAUUUAUUGGUUUAGUUCCAGGCUGAACGCUCAGAGACGGUUUCUCUCUGGAGUGUUCUUAACACACAGGCACUUGGCACUGAUGCUGGCUGUGCUUGAAUCCUUCAUUCUGGCCCAUCUUUUUUGCUGUAUAAAAGAGAUUGUUUGUGGAAGAUCCUCAAGUGCCACCAUCUUUAAUGAUGUUACCGUGAAGCCAGUCAUCUUGGCUCCUUCAACCCUGUCUUCACUCUCUUAGUCGCCUGACCUGAGGUGUUAUUAUUCAGUCUCCAAACAAACCAGAAUGACAGUGAAAGUACACACAAAUAAAAAGGUGUGUAACGUUGGUGGUGAUGGCCGUUCUUAGGAAGGAAAGGAUGGCGGCCAGGAGAUGGUUGGCAAUAGUUUCAGGAAGAGGUGAAGGCUUUACUCAUGAGGAAGAUGUGAGCUGAAGUUACGAGCUAAUGCAAAAAGGUUUGUGGGUCAGACUGGCAGAAGCAGCCCCUGAUGACGUCAUCAUCCCAAUAUGCCGGGGGAGAGAGCAUCAGAGGAAGCGGAGGAAAUCCAAAAUUGGAUUCUAGAUUGCGAUAGCAUAAGAGUGGGAUAGUGCAAGAGGCUGGACCAGGGUGAGCUGAGGUGAUUUAUAAGUAGGAGAAGUUGUGGAGGGAAAAAUAAUUUACUGAAAACUGACAACUUUACUUCAGCAAUGUUUAUCCACAUAAAUAUAUCCGCCCAAGUAUCUAUUUAUUUUCUCAGAAAUAAUUCAAUGUAUUGAAUGAAGCGUUUAUGAGGUUGAAUAAAUAUAUGUAUCCACAGUAUCAUAACACCAAACAAACUGAGACAUAUGUAGGAAUUAUUAAACAUAAAAAAAGUCAGGCAUUAAAAAUGAGGUGUAUGUUUUCACCAGAGGAGGGCAGUGCUUCUGCUUUAGGGACUGUCUAAUCCCUCAUGAGAAACGGACUGUCGUGAGAGUGAAUUACAUAACAGCGUUUUUAAUAAGAAGGAAAGAAAACAUGACAGUCUUGCAUGACACACAUGUUGGCACAUUUUCCACUGCAAUGUUUUUCAACGUUAUCUUCCUUUUUUUGAGUGCUGUUUCAUUGAGGUAUCCAUCCAAACGGAGCAGCUCCCAGGCCACGUAUGACACAAAGAUUCUCGGAGGCGUCCUGGAGACCUUCCAAAAAGAUGGCUUCAGUGGUCCUGAUCCCUAAAUUGCCACGAAAGUCUCACUUACCAAGUUCAUAAAUAAACACAGUUGAAUGAAUCAAAACACAUCAAAUGACCAGACGGCUGUUAUAAGACACAAUUUUAGGUCCAAAAAAUAUGGAGGAAACAAGGUGGCGUUGUAUGGAAGUUUGUGUUUUCACAUUCCAGCCAGUUUAAUAUCCAUCAUCGAACUCGUUCUGGGCCUGCUGCCGGGCGAGCAUGGCCUGUAUGAGAGCGCUGGAGCUUGUGUGGGCCGGGUCAGACACCCACUGCAUCCCGUCCUCUUCCUCCACUCUCUGCCUGGCCUGCAUCACCUGCAUCAUCACGCUGGACACCGAGGAUCCAGAGACGUCCUCCUCUCUGUGUCUGACCUGCGUGACUGUGUACCCUGCUGAACCCAAAGCCAU